UUAAACUCAGUCGUGUUCUUACUCUUGAGUCGAGUAUAUUGGCAUUGACAUUGAGACUGAAUAUUGAAUAUAAAUUGAAAUAAGAAAAAUGGCCCAAAAAAUCAUCUUAGCUGUGCUUCUCGUAGUCGCGUGUGCACACGGUGAAUAUGAUAUUUAUGAAGGAUGUGGCACAACAAAGCAAUGUUUAGGAAACCCUGGCGAUUGCGUUCCUGAUAAAGAUUGUGUUACAAUGAGCUCAACUUAUGUGAAAGAUGGAAAAGUAAUUUUUGAAAUGAGAUCAUGGAAAAGUGCAAAAUAUAUUGCAAUGGGUCUGUCAACUGACAAAGAGAUGGGAGAUGACUCGGUUAUGGAAUGUGUUAAAGAAGGUGAUGAAAUUAAAGCUUAUUCAUCAUGGACUGUUGUUGGUGCUAAUUAUGCUUCUGUACGCGAAGGAAUUCCACAAGAUAUCAUUACACUCGUUGACUCGAAGAUUAUUGAUGGACGUAUUUACUGUCAAGUUGAGCGCGUCGACACCGUCAAGAUUAAGAAGACAACAUUCGAUUUGACUAAGAAGCCUUACUACAUGAUGCUUGCUAGUGGAGACACACUUAGAGAAAAUGGAGUUGAUUAUCAUAAUUUGGCUUAUGUUGUCACAAAGAAGAAGAUUAACUUCAAGCCUUAAGAUUGUUAAAAUGACAUGAAUAAAAAGGA